GAGGAAUCCAAGGAGGAUGAGAUAAUAUUUCCGCAACUCAUGUAUUUGGAGGUAGAAAGUUGCAAUAGCCUGACAUAUUUGUUCACAUCUUCAACAGCAAAAAGCUUGGGUGAACUCAAAAGUAUGAAGAUAAAAGAAUGUAAAUCAAUUGAAGAGAUAAUAUCAAAGGAGGGGGAGGAAUCUGAUGAGAAUGUAAAAAUAAUAUUUGAGCAGCUGCAAGAUUUGUAUCUUGAAAAAUUAGAUGAGCUAAGGUAUUUCUACGCUGGCAAUUUUACUUUAAGUUUUCCAUCCUUGGAGGAAGUCCACGUCAUCAAGUGCAGCUCCAUGAAAACUUUCAGUGCAUUCAACAAAAUAGAUAAUCCGUGGUAUUAUUCAGAAUAUGCGAGACCUCGAAAAGUAACUUAUCUUAAUUCUGCUCUACACAGAACUUCCGAAGAAGAGGUUGAGCCUCUGUUGCCGACUCCAAUAUUGCAGUAAUUAAGAGGAGAUUGAAGGCAUCAAGAAUGGAUGAAGAUGAAUGUGUCCGGAUUUUAUUACGUGUUUUAAAAAA